CUAGCGGGCGCCGAGCGGGAGCCGCGCGGGAGCAGCGCAGCUACGGCGGCGGCAGCGGUAGUGGCGGAGGCGGUUGCGAUUCCAAGCCGUUGAGACGCCUUUGCGGCAGCUGGUGGCGCAGGUGGCUUGCGUGGACACGGGUAUAGGCGGCCGGCCAGCAAUCGCAGCCUCGGCGUCCGCGGCCCCAGCAGGCGCGUCGGGACGCCCCGAGGCAUCCUCUCGCGCCCGCUGGUCUGGGAGCUCGGCCCGAGUCCGCCGCCCGCAUCCCUGCGCCGCCGCAUCUCUGCACCGCCUCGCGGGUUUCGGACCCCCGGCCGCGCCCCCGAAACAUGACUCGCGAUUUCAAACCUGGAGACCUCAUCUUUGCCAAGAUGAAAGGUUAUCCCCAUUGGCCAGCCCGAGUAGAUGAAGUUCCUGAUGGAGCUGUAAAGCCACCUACAAACAAACUACCCAUUUUCUUUUUUGGAACCCAUGAGACUGCUUUUUUAGGACCAAAGGAUAUAUUUCCUUACUCAGAAAAUAAGGAAAAGUAUGGCAAACCAAAUAAAAGAAAAGGUUUUAAUGAAGGUUUAUGGGAGAUAGAUAACAAUCCAAAAGUGAAAUUUUCAAGUCAACAGGCAGCAACUAAACAAUCAAAUGCAUCAUCUGAUGUUGAAGUUGAAGAAAAAGAAACCAGUGUUUCAAAGGAAGAUACUGACCAUGAGGAAAAGGCCAGCAAUGAGGAUGUGACUAAAGCAGUUGACAUAACUACUCCAAAAGCUGCCAGAAGAGGGAGAAAGAGAAAGGCAGAAAAACAAGUAGAAACUGAGGAGGCAGGAGUAGUGACAACAGCAACAGCAUCUGUUAAUCUAAAAGUGAGUCCUAAAAGAGGACGACCUGCAGCUACAGAAGUCAAGAUUCCAAAACCAAGAGGCAGACCCAAAGUGGUUAAACAGCCCUGUCCUUCAGAGAGUGACAUCAUUACUGAAGAGGACAAAAGUAAGAAAAAGGGGCAAGAGGAAAAACAACCUAAAAAGCAGCUUAAGAAGGAAGAAGAGGGCCAGAAGGAAGAAGAUAAACCAAGAAAAGAGCCAGACAAAAAAGAGGGGAAGAAAGAAGUUGAAUCAAAAAGGAAAAAUUUAGCUAAAACAGGGGUUACAUCAACCUCCGAUUCUGAAGAAGAAGGAGAUGAUCAAGAAGGUGAAAAGAAGAGAAAAGGUGGGAGGAACUUUCAGGCUGCUCACAGAAGGAAUAUGCUGAAAGGCCAACAUGAGAAAGAAGCAGCAGAUCGAAAACGCAAGCAAGAGGAACAAAUGGAAACUGAGCAGCAGAAUAAAGAUGAAGGAAAGAAGCCAGAAGUUAAGAAAGUGGAGAAGAAGCGAGAAACAUCAAUGGAUUCUCGACUUCAAAGGAUACAUGCUGAGAUUAAAAAUUCACUCAAAAUUGAUAAUCUUGAUGUGAACAGAUGCAUUGAGGCCUUGGAUGAACUUGCUUCACUUCAGGUCACAAUGCAACAAGCUCAGAAACACACAGAGAUGAUUACUACACUGAAAAAAAUACGGCGAUUCAAAGUUAGUCAGGUUAUCAUGGAAAAGUCUACAAUGUUGUAUAACAAGUUUAAGAACAUGUUUUUGGUUGGUGAAGGAGAUUCCGUGAUCACACAAGUGCUGAAUAAAUCUCUUGCUGAACAAAGACAGCAUGAGGAAGCGAAUAAAACCAAAGACCAAGGGAAGAAAGGGCCAAACAAAAAGCUAGAAAAGGAACAAACAGGGUCAAAAACUCUAAAUGGAGGAUCUGACGCUCAAGAUGGUCAUCAGCCACAACAUAAUGGGGAGAGCAAUGAAGACAGUAAAGACAACCAUGACGCCAGCACGAAGAAAAAGCCAUCCAGUGAAGAGAGAGAGACUGAAAUAUCUCUGAAGGAUUCUACACUAGAUAACUAGGUUGACAUACCUGGAAUAUAGAGAACACUUAAGAAGUUUGUAAUGUUUCCAUUUGAAAUAGACUGCUGAAAGUUUUAAAUUUUUAUAAGCAUAGGUUUUGAUGUUGAAAACUUGUUUUGUGGGAAAAAAUCCUUCUCUUUGUUUAAAAGUAAACAUUAUUGCUAAGUGUACUUGUGCAGUAUUAACAGCUACAUUAUACAGUAAAUGUGAGGUAAAAUCCAUUGUUAAACUGCUUUUCCGGACAUGGUUGUAGCAUAUUUUCAAUUAGUGUGUGUAUGUUAUUGUGUAAUUGAUAGUAGAACAAAGUUACAUUUUUAAAACUGCUACUUGUAUAAACCUUUCCUCCUUUCCCAAAUACAGUGGGUUUUGUGCAUAGUUUUUACAAACCUUGGAUUUACCAGUCUUUUCACUGUUUGUGGGUUUUGUAGAAGUUGAGCAUUUUUAUGGUAGAUAAAAUGUUACUUCUAUACAAGUACUCACUCCCUUUUUAUCAAAAGUUAAUUUUAAGCUCAGUCUACCUUGUGCUACAUUAUCUGGCUUCUUUGGAACAAUGUGUGGUCUGUACGGUUUUUUUUGUAUGAUAACUAGUUAACCAACUGACAUUGAACUGAUUUGAGAAUUCUACAAAUUAUAAAACUUAUGUUAAUUUUUGAAGGUAAUUUAGUUUUGUGGCUGGGCAUUCAGGGAAGUCUUAAGACUUCUCUGCAGAUAACAGACUGGAUAUAUAUAGGAAUAAAUCUGGCUUUAGGGUUAAAUCAUUUAAGGUCCUUUUACAGGCAGGCACUAGUAACUAAAACUGGAAACUAAAGUUUAUUUUUGAGAAAUGGCUCAAGUUUCUAUGUUGUUAAAAAUUCCUUUAGGAAGUCACUAAAUAAUCGUACUUAAUUGGAAGAAAAAAAUCCAUGAUGCUUACACAGUAAAUAUAAAUAAAUGCUAUAUAAGGAAAUUUGCCUAUUGGAAAGCAUGGCUAUAUUAGAAGUUUUAUUUUCAUUUCUAGAUUCCAAAAAUACAAACAUCAGUUGUUCCAACAUAGUACUUUGAGUCUGUACAUUGACAUGUAUGGACGAAAUCAGGGUGAGACCAAUGUUACAAAAUUUAAGAGUAUGUUAACUAAAGGGAUAGCAUUUCUAAAAUAUUUUGAGUAUUAGGUCAUUUGGCAUUUUUCAAUAAGUAGGCUACUUCUCAUGUUUUGAAACUAUGAAUAUGGAAAAAAUGGCUUAGGAGCAGCAUCUGUUUAUGACAUUGUAUGGUUAACCCUCUGGGAUAACUGUUGAGUUGAAUUUUUGUUUUUAAGAGGUCUUACAGUGGAACUAAGAAUCACUGUUUUGAAAGAACUGCAUAUAUACCAGUCAUUAUCUGUUUGGUCCUGAUACAGUUUUAACUUAGAUUUAUUCUAGUUAAGCCAUAAGUUUCAACAUGUAAACUUGUUUUGAUUAAAGAAUUUUUCUAUCAAACUCUUCUAGUAAAUUACUUUCUUGCUAUUUACAAGACUAAGUGAUGGAAUGCUGGGUUUGCUGCCAAGGAAAUAAUUUCUUAGUUAACUGGUCACAGAGGCUGUAUUGUUUUGGGAAACAGGGUAACUAAACUACGCUCCAGAUGAUAAAAAUAAAGGAAAUGUUAUU